AUGGACCUCUUCCUACCGCGGCGACUCGCAGCCGCCGACCUUCUGACGAGUGAGUGCUUCGACUGCCAGGAAGGCUUCGGCGACGGAGUGUUCCAGAGGCGGCUGUUGAUCCUCAGCGCCGUCACCAUCUUCCUGCUGGACGGACACGCCGCACUGCUUCCCGUGAUCUCGCGCGACGUGGACCAUUGGUGCAAGAGACCGGCCGCAUACAACGUCUCGGCGGACGCUUGGAAGAACUAUGCCAUACCUGUGGGCGCCGAUGGACGCCACAGUCGUUGCUACGUAUUCGAGAAUCUCGGAGACUCGCCGAACGGCACGGACACGGUGGUAGAGUGCAACGAGUGGGACUACGACCAAGCGCAAGCCUCGACAUCAGUCAUUAGCGUCUGGAACAUGGUUUGCCGUAGACGCCCCUUGCUCGCCGCCACAAUUGCGGUGCAGAACGUGGGUUCCGGCGCGUUCCUGCUGCUUUCGGGUGCCGCGGCCGACCUAUUCGGCAGGAUGCCUGUUCACUUGGUAGCCGCGACGGCUACGAUUGCGUCGACAGUAGCUGGCUGCCUGACCACCAACUACGCGCUUUACACCUUGGCGCAGUUUUUUGCAUCCGGCGGCGCGGCCGUCAGCUCCGCCGUGACCGUGCUCGUCUGCUUCGAGGUUACCGUCCACGAACACAGGCCGUUGUACCUCAUCUUCGCUGCGACAGCCAGCUUCUUGCUGGGCGACCUGUGGUUUGCGAUCAAUAGGAGCCUGCAGAUCAGCUGGGCCCUGAUACAAGCCGUGUAUCUCUCGCCGACACUGCUUCUGCUCGCUACAUUUGCGGUCACGCAAGAAUCACCGCGCUGGCUCAUCGCCAAGGGCCGCCUGGAAGAGGCCGAGGCCGUGAUGCUGUUUGCGGCCGAAAUGAACCACUUCCCCUUCGCCGGCACAGCCUGCCUGCUCGACAAACUGAUGCUGAAGAGGGAUCACUGGAAGCACCGGAACGACGUCGCCUCCUCCACCGUUAAAGAAGGCCCGUUGCUCGACGCCGUCUCGGUCCGGCGGCGAGCGUUGAUAAUGUUCGCCGUCCUGUUCUCCCUCAUGUUCGCCGUCUUCGCAGACGUGAUAUCAACAAUGGUGCGAACCGACGACAGCGAGGGCAGCAGUGGUUUGUUCAUGGGCGUCCAGUUCGCUGGCGGCCUGCUCAGUUACGCGGUCAUGCACACUGCGGUCACCCGCUUUGCGCUGGUGAAGGUGCUCCGCGUGGCCUUGAUGGUGGCCGGCCUCGCCCACUGUGUGCUCGCUUUCGUCGUCAGCUUCAAUCCCGCGGCCACCAUUUUACUGGCGCUCUCGCGCGGCAUCCUUAUCGUAGCCAUCGUCAUCAGCGUCGCGUACGUCAUGGAGAUCGUCCCCACGCCCGUGCGCGGUGUGGCCCUGUGCUGGGCGCUGGCCUGUGGCCACAUCGGCGCCCUCUGCGCCAGUGCAACCCUGGUGCUGCACCAACUCGGCCGCGAGGACGUAGCGUUCGCCACGGCGGCGCUCCUGCUCUUGAUGUCGCUGUUUGCGACAUCCGACCUGCCCGCUUCCUCUGCAGUCGAGUGCAUGGUCGCUAAUGCCGCGACUAGGCGACGUCCCUCGAUCUCCAGCAAGGUCUCCAUAGACCACAUGAAGAAGACGCUGGAACAGGGCGGGAUGGGAUCCAGGUCGACCGCUAGGAGCAGGAGAAGCCUGUCGGAGGCUUCACUGCGCUCGUGUUCGGGACACAGCGACGCGCAACGUUUCUGA